AUGGGUAACUCUGGCUCAAUUCUUCCUUGGGAUAACUGGAUCUAUCACGUUGAUGACUUGAAGAAUGAAGCCAACGGCCUUCAUGACCAAGCGAUCUCUCUUCAAGACAGCAUUCGUGCCCAAGUCCUCCAGUACAACUCUACACUAGGCCAGACAAAGCAGCUGCUUGCUGGAAAUGCGGCACUUGUUAUUAUAGCGCGCGCCAUUAAAUUCAGCGACGAACAGCUGAAAGACUUUGAAGCUCAACUGGACACCAUGCCUGAUCCCCCGGAAGGAUCCGUCCCAGCAAAGUUCGGAUCUCUCCUCUCUGAACUCACUGGCUCAGCUCUUGUCCUCAAAGCCAUCGUUAAUAUUGGCAAGCUUGCCAAGACUGCCAUCUUCGAGGGUGCUGGGGAAGUAGGCGGCAAAGGUGCUGCUGAACUUGGAAUUGAGGGUCUUGCUGAAGCUGGUGCUGAACUGGGUGUUGAAGCGGGAGUUGAGGUUGGUGUCGAGGUUGGUGCUGAAGCGGUACUUGCAGACACUGGCAUUGGCAUCAUUGCAGCCGUCGGCCUUGAUGUGAUCUUUGGGGCCAUCAACGGUGCCAAGGAGCGCGAUCAAAUUCAGGACCAGAUUGAUAAGCUCAACGACGCUUUGACGACGCUUCGAGGAUUUCAGAGGGAUCUCAAUAACAAGGCUAAUCAGCUUCACGGCGUUAUUAUCGACGAAGAGAACCGCUUCAAGGGUAUCGUGUCUACUCUUCAGAGUGUUAUUCCUAACCCUUCCGCUGAAACGUGGACUGCUCUCUCCGUUGACUCGAGGGUUAUUGAUCAGUAUUUGGAUGCUCAGACAGCUGCUUUGACCUUUUAUGGUCUCUUGUCACAGUUACGUGUUACGUAUUUGAGGGCUAAGGAGCGCUCACCUACUGUUUCCAAAGACGCUAUCAUCUCGGCUGUGCUUAUUAAGGCGCAGGAAGAUAUUACAUAUAGCGAUCUUGAGAAGCUUUGGGAUAUUCUUGUAAAGUAUUCUGAUGGUAUGACGGAUAUUAGUUCUUAA